AUGGUCACCAGACUUCAAACAGGCACUCUCAAACCACGUAUUCUUCUUGAUUUAUCCCAUACCGUCCACCCCACACCUACCUGUUUCACUACUGCAAACAAGGACUUGCAUUGGCGUCAAGCAAUGUCUGUAGAAUUUCGUGCUCUUCAAGCUCAGGGCACUUGGUUCUUGUUCACUGUCAUCUUAGCUGAUCCAUCGUUCUUCUAUCUCCAUCAGAACGAUCUUCGUGUGUACAUACUGGUGUAUGUUGACGACAUUUUAAUUACUGGCAGCGAUCCGCAAUACAUUUCUAGUUUGAUUCACAAACUUGCCCAGCGGUUUCAGACAAGAACACUUGGAUCAGUUUCCAAAUUGCUUGGGACGGAAUUUAUCAAGACCGCUGAUGGCUACCACCUAACUCAGAAAACUUACAUUACCAAGCUUCUACACGCGACUUCUAUGUCCAAUUGUAAACCUCUACAAACCCCUCUACCAUCCAAAUAUCCCUCCGAUCCAAACCUUCAGGUAUCCUUCAUCCAACCCGAAUUAUUCCGCCAGUUGGUUGGCUCCCUUCAAUACAUUACCUCCACCCGCCCUGACAUUGCCUUUGCCGUUAAUAAGCUCUGUCAACAUAUGCAUAAUCCCCUGCUAAUUCACUUCCAGCUUCUCAAACGGGUAUUACAGUAUCUCCAAGGGACUAUAAACUACACCUUCUUUCUACCAAAAAUUGAGUUAACCCUUACUGCAUACUCUGACUCCGACUGGGCUGGCGAUCAUCUUGACCGCAAAUCUACUACCAGAUACUAUCUUUUCCUUGGUGCUACCUUGCUUGCCUGGUCUGUUAAACAACAAACCACCGUCGCCAGAUCAUCUACUGAGGCUGAAUACCGGUUCAUGGCCGCUGCCGCCACUGAUAUAAUUUGGACUCGCCGCCUCUUUGAAGACUUCCUUCUUCCUCAACAGCUAACCAUUCUCUUUUGCGACAACGUUUCAGCAAUGUCUAUUGCUUGCAACCCAAUUUUCAAUGCUCGGACCAAGAAUAUCGAGAUCGACCAUCAUUUUAUCCGUGACUGUAUUCAGGUGAACCACAUUGCUGUUCAUCAUGUCUCCACGGUCGAUCAGCUUGCAGAUAUCUUCACAAAGCCUCUCUCGUCUACUCGAAUGCUCGAGCUUCGUAACAAGCUUCAGCUUCUUGGUCCGUCCUCCCGUCAGCCUUGCGGGAAACGGUGUUAA